AUGGCAUCCGAGUACAAUUAUGAUGAAGGCGCCAACACGUGGCCUUACUUUGUUUUGGCUUUACUUGUGUUUGUGUUGUUGCCUCUCACGAUUAAAUGGCUUCUCGAAGUUAUUUCCAUUAGGGAAAGUCCUAAGAAAACCAAAGGAGAGAUUGAACAAAACCAUAAAUCGUUAGGUCUUCCACAUUCCGAGGAGCUUGGAAAGUUCUCGAGUCGUCGAAGAACAGAUCGUUUCAUGAACAAGACAUUAUUGCUAAUUGUGGUAGGCUGGGCCUUGGUGGCGUAUAUCUGGAAAACAUACGCUAAGGAAGUGAGUUUACAAGGGCUUUUUGAUCCUCACACAAUUUUGGACUUGCCAUAUACUGCCACUGACCGUGAAAUCAAGUCUAGAUACAGAAAGUUGUCUUUGACAUAUCACCCAGACAAGAUAGCCAGAGACUUGAGCGACGAAGCAAAACAAGAAAUGGAGGCAGCCUUCAUUAAAAUUAAUCUCGCCUACAAAGCCUUGACCGAUGAAGUCACCAAAAAUAAUUUGAAAUUGUAUGGUCAUCCUGACGGGAAGCAAGAUAUUACGCAUGGUAUCGCAAUUCCUAAGUUCUUGGUUGAAGGCAAGUACUCGCCCUUUAUGAUUGUCAUUUACUUCUUAUUGAUUGGUGUCUUGUUGCCUGCGUUGGUGGGAAGCUGGUGGAACAAUGUCAAGUCUUACACAAGGAAGGGCUUACACAUUGAAACAGCUACCCUCUUUGUUCGUAAAUUGACAGACAAAAAUCCAGGAAAGGUGAUAACGCCGUACGAUAUCUUGGACUGGAUUCUUCUCUCCUAUGAAAUCACCAACAAAUAUUCACAUUUGUCUCAGGAACAAGCUAAAGCAUUGGUGAUGGAUCAUAUUGAUAGGAAAUAUCCAGGAAAGAACACACCUGACAUGUUGAGCAUUAUUGCUGAGCUUCCUGAUUUAAUCAAAGGUUUCAUCGAUAUCGCCAGUGUUUUUAGGGUACCGGAUGUUAUAAUUUCUGCUUACGAAUUGCAGAAAGCUCUUGUUCAGGCUUCGAGCCCAGUUGGUAAACACAAAGAACUUUUGCAGUUGCCAUUUGUUGACAAGGAGACUGUUGAAGCACAGGAUGUCAAGAAAUUGGGUAAAUUGCUCACUUUAUCAAAGGAAGAAGCCGCUAAAACAUUGGGAAUUAAAGACGAUACGAAAUUGGAAAUUGCUUUGUCAGUUGCAAAGAAAAUCCCAUUCAUUAGAGUCUUGGAUGCAAGCUUUAGAGUCCCAGGUGAAGAUAUCGUUCCCCCAAAUUCUAGUUGCCACCUAGUCAUCAAGUUCUUGAUUAGAUCUCCUCAGUUGAAGUCAUGUCCUGAAAUUGAGGAUCUGAGACUUGUAGAGGAGGAGACGAUAGAAGAUUUGAAAAACCCUUUGAGAUCUAAUGACGAUGGUCCAGAUUUACCUGCUGCUUAUGCUCCGUACUUCCCGCUGAAGUUCAGAAACUCUUGGGAAGGUUUCAUCAUCAAUCAAAGAGAUAAUAAACUAGUCGAAGGUUCAGAACCAGCUGUUAUGCUGAAGGUCGAUUUGAGCAACUUGGAGUUGUCUCAAAAGGAAUGGAUUGAAGCUGCAGACGAUAAACUUAUUAUCAGUACUUUCAAGAUUAAGUUGAACGUGCCAACUCCACCAUCGAUUGGAAAGUAUCACUUUAGAUUGUUAUUGAAGAACAAUGCAUACUUUGGCUCUGAUGUUGAUAUUCCUUUGGAGAUGAAUGUCACGAAUCCUCCAGUUGAUAUCGAGGCGGUCAAAAAGGCUUCGGAGCAGGAGGAUGAUGAUUCGGAUAGUGAUAUUUCGGAUCCCGAAGAGGACAGUCUUGCUGGUGCCUUGGCUGCAUUGAGAGGAGAAAACGUCAAAAAGUCCAGUGAAGAUGUUGAGGAAUCUGACGUUGAAAGUGUCUUUACAGAUAUCAACACCGAUACCGAAGACGAAGCGGAAAAGUAG